UACUGCCUUAUGUGGGAAAUUGGAAUGCUCCCCAGUUAUCACUGGAGGUUGCAGUUUUGUUUAUUUUGUUUCUGUUCCUCCUUUAGGUCCCCAGGUGACAUUCUUUGAUAUGACAGGUGGUCUGUUCUCAAACCUGUUUUCAAUGCCCACAUCCUUUGAAUGUUUUGUUUUCAUAAUCCCCAUCCCUACCUGAAAUUGAUGAAUUCCACGUCCUCAACAAAUCGAUGGUGUUGCAUGUUAGUACACUGUUACAUCCCUGAAGAACUUUCAAUUAAAUUGAUCCAAUCCAAGCAACUUUUGAUUUAAUGACUCUUUGCUAAGAAUUUUAUGCCUCAUUUACACAGGAUAAAUAACGUGUGAGAAAUAUAGUAUAACAGAGGCAUCUUAUAACCAACUGACUCCUGCAAUGAAAUCCUCAACUGACCAAGGAUUUGUACAGAAGUGAUGAAACGAAUCAUAUGACUAGUACCUUGUUUCUUGGGAGUGAAAGUCGGAAACACAGACGAAGUCGCAGCAGAAGCAAAGAGGAACGAAGACGGGACUUGAAAGAAAAGUACAGCAGCAAAAAACAGAAAUCUUCCGAUCAAACCGAGAAGGAGCAUGACAAAUGGAGAGAGAGGCUGAGUUCGACAGAAAAUGGGGAAGACAGACCAAAACGCAAAGAAAAGAAACCUCCAAGAGGCCAUAGUUAUUCACGAUCCAGGUCAAGAGAACGGCGCCAUCGGAGCCGUGAGAAGAAGAGAUCCCGUUCACGUAGUAGGUCCAGGAGGUCGAGGAGCAGGGACCGGCGAUCGCGAAGCAGAGAUAAGAGAUCUAAGAGCAAGGAUAAAAGAUCCCGCAGCCGAGACAGGAGAUCGAAGAGCAAGGACAAGAGGUCUCGGAGUCGAGACCGGAGAUCAAGAAGCAAGGACAAACGAUCCCGAAGCCGAGAUAAGAGAUCGAAGAGCAAGGACAAACGAUCCCGAAGUCGAGACAAGAGGUCAAAGAGCAAAGACAGACGAUCGCGGAGCCGAGACAAGAGGUCAAAGAGCAAAGAUCGACGAUCACGGAGCCGAGACAAGAGGUCAAAAAGUCAUGACAAACGGUCAAGGAGCAGAGACAAAAAGCGCCGUCCAAAGUCCCGAUCUCGAUCACGGUCCAGGCACAAGAUACGUAGGAGCAGGAGCAGAAGCAAGGACAAAAGAAAGCGCAAAUUCAGCAGGAGCCGGAGCCGGACUCCUACAACGUUCAGGGGCCGCAACGCUGCCAUGGAUGCUCAGGAAGCAUUAGCUAGAAGACUUGAGAGAGCAAAGAAGCUUCAAGAGCAAAAAGAAAAGGAACUCCAGGAGAAACAGAAAGUGGAGCAAACAGAUGCUAUAGAUCCAGCUAGCGAAUCACUUGGAAGUAUGAACCCAACAGCUGUGGCAAGUGGUGGAUCAGUCCUCAAUGUUGCUGCCCUCCUGGCAUCUGGUACUCAAGUCACACCUCAGAUUGCAAUGGCUGCUCAGAUGGCAGCACUACAAGCCAAGGCAUUGGCUGAAACUGGCAUAGCAGUGCCCAGUUACUACAACCCAACAGCUGUGAACCCAAUGAAGUUUGCAGAGCAAGAAAAGAAACGGAAACUGCUCUGGCAGAAUAAGAAAGAGGGGGAUAAGUCACAGACUGCAGAAUUGUGGGAAAGGCUGAAUUUUGGUAACAAGGACCAAAAUGUAAAAUUCCGAAAAUUAAUGGGCAUCAAGGAUGAGGAGGAGGUGAGAACACCUACGGCGGCGACUGAAGAAAGUUUCAAAACUUUGAAGCAACAAGAGGAGAUGUUCAGGAACCUGGAUGCUCAGUAUGAGAUGGCACGAUCACAAACACACACCCAGCGAGGCAUGGGACUGGGUUUCUCCUCUUCCAUGAGAGGAAUGGACACGAUUUAAGAAUAAGAUGUUGAACUUGUGCUGAAGUACAGCACAUUUUUAUAUUGUCUUCAUCCAUGUUGGGAGACUUCAAGCUUCAUCUUUUCACCUUCCUGUUUACCGGAAAAAAAAGCUAGCUGUCUAGCUUGCAUGGUUGUUGCAAUGCAAAAAUAAUUUAUUAUUAAAAAGGUUUUGAUUGUAAAGAUAACAGUGUAUCAGGCAAUCGCAUUGUGAUAGUUACUCUUCCUUAAAACCGAAACUUUGAAGGAACACUUAUUUGGUGGUGUUAUUUGCAGCAAGGAAAGGAGAUUCUAUCACUUUUUUAAUGUAUUUGAAGUGAUGUCUGCAGACUGGUUUCAAACCACCCAAUCUCACAUUUUGUUGUAAUACUUCAUGUUGCUGUAUUAUGUGAUUGCUUUUGUACUAAAACUUGUACAGUUAUUUUCAUCUUUCGAAAGGCAAAUGAUUGUGUAGUUGUAAAUUAGGACAUAGUUUGUUUGUAAGUACCUAUUGCAGUGCUGAAAGGUGCGUUAUAGUGCACUGUUCAUUGCAAAGCUUUCUGGACAAUAAAUGGAUGAUUUUCAGUAUAACUAUUACAAAAUGUGUUCUAGAA